CAUUCCUUCCUGAUUUCUCUAUCACUUCUAAAUGUAUUAGUGCUGAACGACAUCGUUCACUACAGAGCCUCUCUGAUCGAUCUCAGGAUUCUGAGGGUGUUUGAGUGUGUGUGUGUGAGUGUGUGAGUGUGUGUGUGUGUGUGUGUGAGAGAAAGAGUUCAAAAGGUUUAAAGAGCAAUAAGGAUGGAAGGAUUAGCGAUGUACCAUGGAGCCAUCAGUAAAGAACAAGCUCAGAGGAUCCUGGGAGCAGCGGGACGAGACGGGAGCUUCCUGAUCAGAGACAGCGAGACCGUCCCAGGGUCCUACUGCAUCUGUGUGCUGUGUGAUCAGUGUGUGUUCACCUACAGGCUCUUCCAGGUCGAGGGCAAAGUGUGGAAAACAGAUACGGCUCCCGGGGUGAAGGAGCGACUCUUCCGAAACGUCCAGAACCUCCUGGCGGCAUACCAGGAACCGGACCAGGGCAUCGCCAUUCCUCUGCAAUUUCCUGUAAAUAACCCUCACGAGCGACCCCUGAAACUCCCACCACGGACACACAUCCCCCGCUGAAAUCCUGCAUUACUAAACAGCACCGUGACUGUACACGUGACGCACGUGAUGUACAUGACCACGUCGUCAUCCGGAGACGAGUUACAUGAAGGCAAUCAUUUACACGUUAUUCCGAAAGAAAUGAUUCAUAUUCUGUUUUUUUACUGAUGUUUUUGUUUUAAUACAUAAUUAAAUAUCUUUUAUUCCUUUUUA